AUGCCUGAUGAGUUGUGUAACAGUGAAGCUCUUGCAAGUGUUGAAAAACUGUACCAAGUGACAGAAAUCAUUGACCGGAUGAUUACAGAAUUUAGUGACAGAUUUGAAGCUUUGAAUAAUGUAAAUAGCAUGUUUAGAUUUUUGAGUGGUGUUAAAAUUGAAAAAAUGCAAAAAGCAGAUCUAAAAAUUAAAGCAGAAGAAUUGGCAAAUAUAUACUCAGGUGAUUUCAACAUUGAAGAAUUCAACUUUGAAAUAGAAAUUUUUAAGCAUCACGCUUUGACAGUUGACAAAACUUUGAAAAAAGCCACAUCAAAAGAAAUGUUAACCCUCAUUUAUAAAAAUAAAUUAGAAGAAGCUAAAAAACUAGAAGAAUUUGUUUUUAAUGUAAUAUUCAAAACAAUUAUUUGA